CGACAAUUGCGGAGGAGCUGCGGAGUGUCGGAGACCACGCCCUCUGCCCUCUGCCCUCUGCCAGCACAACUUGACCAACAUCCGUCAAGCAUGCCGCCCAACAUGGCCGAGCCAGUGGUACAGACCAUCUACAGGGAUCCUGCCCUCUUCUACUGGAUCCUGCUGCCUAUCACCGUCGUCAUGGUCCUCACCGGUAUCCUGCGACACUACCUCUCGACCCUCUUGCAGUCUGCGCCCAAGCAGCAAGCCAUCAAUCUUUUGCGCCAACAGCGUUCGCUCAUGCGCGGUGUCAACCUCCGCAACAACUACCAGCAGCUGCCCCCGGCCUCCUUCGCUGCUCGCAAGGCAUACAUGAUCCAAGCCUACAAGGACGGCACUUUCCUGGCCGAACCCGACAUGCGCGGCCAGCCAAAGGCCAACCCCAUGACGGAUCCCGCUGCCAUGGAGGGCAUGAUGGGCAUGAUGAAGGGCCAGGUCGCCAUGAUGGUCCCCCAGAGUCUGAUCAUGGGCUGGAUCAAUGCCUUCUUCUCGGGCUAUGUCAUUAUGAAACUUCCCUUCCCCUUGACUCCUCAGUUCAAGUCCAUGCUGCAGUCUGGUGUUGGAACCAGAGACCUUGAUGUCCGAUGGGUCUCGAGCUUGUCCUGGUACUUCUUGACCCUGUUCGGUCUGCAGCCCGUCUACAACUUCAUCCUUGGCAGCAACAACGCGGCCAGUCAAGUCACACAACAGAUGGCUCAGGCUCAGAUGGGUGUUAACCCCAUGGGUGGCCAAGAUCCUGACAAGGACUUUUUGAACGAAGCAGAGAACCUCGAGGUGCUCGAGCAUCACUGCCUUCUCGAUGGCGUCGAGGAUAGAUUAUUGUCAAGUGUAGUAUAAAUUUGUAUCUAGAACAUGCCAGGGCGCAUCAUAGAUCUGGCCAACAUCAUCUCAUCUACAUCAAUCUCUCCCUCUCACACAACGACUACAUGCGGGUGAGAUGGUCUGGCUUCUGAUAAUGCCAAGCUCUAGAAGAUCAUGUAAUAUGGUCUGAUGAUGAGAGUGCGGGGCAGAAAGGGUCCAGACAGAAUGCUAUGACGCGACUGCCUAAAUGCUUUCGAACAUUUGGAAACCUGCCUUGUCUCACAGCAAUCAUGUUCUCCUUCCGAUCCAACUUCUUUUCCAACCUCCUGUCCGGCGGCUAUGGAUCAGCUCUCAAGCUUGAUCUGCCUCCAGUCGAGUCGAUCGACAUUGAAGAAACGCCAGAGAAACGAGCGCGUACGCUCAAGCACCUGAUCAAGGCCAACCACAUCAACCACUCGAUCAUCUACCACCACCUCGAGUUCCACAACCACUCGCCUCAU